UCAGUGUUUGUGUACGUGCGGCUGCUACUGGGCGGGGAAAGGCCCCCGAAGCCAAGGGUUGGGCUGCUGGGGCCCGGCCAGAACUGGGGCGCGGCGGUGGGGGCCCGCCCGACUGCCUGGAUGAGCUUUAAAUUCUCCCAUACUUGGGCGGGUUGAGCUAUCGUACCUGCCGGUCUCCCGCGAUUGCCGCCGCUCUGCGCUCCCGCGCACGCCCGUCUUCGGCUUCUGGGGAAAGAUGCUGUUGCUGGAUUGCAAUCCAGAGGUGGACAGUCUGCAGCACUUGCUGGAGGCUGGGACCUCGGUCAAUGCUCCCCCGGACCCCUGCGAGCAGUCGCCUAUCCACUUGGCCGCAGGUGGGGGCCUGGCUUGCUUGCUUCUUUGGCAGCUGCAAAUGGGCGCUGACCUCAACCAACAGGAUGUUUUAGGAGAAGCUCCCUUACACAAGGCAGCAAAAGUUGGAAGCCUGGAGUGCCUUAGCCUCCUUGUAGCCUGUGAUGCCCAAAUUGACUUAUGUAAUAAGAAUGGGCAAACUGCUGAAGACCUUGCGUGGUCAUGUGGAUAUCCAGAAUGUGCCAAGUUUCUUACAACAAUUAAAUGUAUGCAGACAGUAAAGUCAAGUGAACGAGAUUAUGUUCCAGUGCUCAGACAGAAACGCAGUUUUGGAAAUGUGGAACAUACAAAUGGGAAAAAGAAGUGUUGAUGUCCGUUUGGUUAUGAAGAGGUCUGAAGAAGGCUGCAGAUUCUACUGCUCAGGUAGAAGCUAUGGCUUUUGGUUUGCCA